GAGUCUCAAGCACAGAAAUAUUCAGUCUGGAGAUAGUGCCCAAAAUACUCCUUCUAUUAAAGGCAGAUUGGUUACUACAAACAAGAAGCUGGAGCAUAGAAGCAGCUGUCUGGUUAUAAGGUUGGCUAGGAUACUUUUUGUCUUUUGAAAGAAAUCGUUUCAAAUUAAAAGUUUUCUCAUUGUAGUGCUUGGAACAAUGGAAGAAGGAAUUGUAAGGCACUGGACUGCUACGCCUGUUCGCUACCAGCACAAGUUGGCGGGACGGGAUGUUACAGAAUGCAAACUGGAUCACCUGUUAUUUGCCUUACCAGGCCCAGCGAGAAGAACUGGGAGAGAGAAUAAACUCUCGGUCAAAGAACAAACAAAACCAAUGGAAGCCAAGGAAGCUGCAAAGUCAUUUCAAAUCAUGUUGGAUGUCGUGCAAUUUCGUCCAGAAGAUAUCAUGAUCCAAGUGUUUGAAGGAUGGCUUAUCAUCAGGGCCCAGCAUGGGCGAAGAAUGGAUGAACACGGCUUUAUUUCUCGAAGUUUUACAAGGCAGUUUAAUCUACCAGACGGUGUGCAGACCAAAGAUCUUUCUGCAAUGUUAUGUCACGAUGGCAUUUUGGUUGUGGAGACAAAACCUUAGUUUCUGAAGAAUUAUAAUGUUGUAGAAGCUGUUCAUGUUCAAUUAUUUUACAUAGAUAACAAAAAUUAAAAAGCUUAGUAAUUAUACUACUGUAACAGCCAGAAAUUGCGAUGUUAUGUAACCGUAUUUAGAAGAGGGAGUUUCGCACAGAUUAAAUACAGUGAAAAUAGUACACUUAAUUUAUCCACUUAAUUGUCAUGUCAUGGUUACAAUUUCAUAAACUCUAAUCCAAGGAAUGAAUCUCUGGAGUAUGUCUCAAGUUUUCUUUGUGAUAGCGGUGCUGGAAACAUUUUUUACAUAUUUACAUCGAUGGACUGUGUGUGAUUUCAAUUAAUCAUUAUUGUUUUUACUGAAUAUAUAAAAUUGCAGCAAAUGUAGGAGAGAUGUAUUUUGCUUUAGCAACGCCACAACUAUUUUAUGAAUAACAUGAAAAUAUAAAUGAGUGUCAAUUUAAUGCAGAAUCUAAUACAUAAGUGUUGCUGAAAUAUUAACUCUUGGUCUCUUUAGUGUGAAUCCAUGUAUACCAGCAAUGUAGUGAAUAAUCUGUUUAGCUCAACAAAAAAACUGGAGCUGUCAAUAUAGUAUUCAGACGAUAGCAUGCUUCAGUUGAUAGCCUUAUGACCAUUUGUUUUAAAGUAGUUUUCACUAUGAUCUUUCAAUGGCAAGUAGAGGGUGUAUAAGUUUCACAUAUUAGAACAAUUAAUUAUAGUUCAUAUGUGUGUUUGAACAUUGAAGGUGUUUUGCUUUGCUUCUAACAUGAUUACGUUAUUGAUCCUAGUCGUCUUGCUAAUUUUGCUGUUUGUAUCCUUUCGUUCCAGUAUUUUGUGUCUAUCUUUGGUGUAAACCAGCAUCUGCCAUUCCUUCCUACUCAUUUCAAGUCACCCUUGCAUUCCCCCUCUCUCCGACCCAUCCCCACCCUAGUCGUCCUGCUAGCUUCACUGUUCGUAUCCCUUUGUUAUCACCUCAUCCACAGCCAACAAUGGACCAUGGUGGGCCCCUUGGUCAUCGGUGCCAGCUCUGAUUUGUUCUGUACCUUUUCAAACCUCUCGUUUCCCUCCCCCCUGACACAGUCUGAAGAAGGCUUUCAAACCGAAACAUCGCCUAUUACUUUUCUCCAGGGAUGCUGCCUGACCUGCAGAGUUACUCCAGCAUUUUGUGUCUAUUUACAUUAUUGGUAGUGGUCAGGGGUGGGUGGGAAACAGAACACUUUAUAAAUAAAUGGAAUCUGAAAUCCCUUGGACCUGCCACCAUUUUCCCAUUGUUGAGACUGCCCUUCACACCAGAAAAAUGGCAUUGGGGUUUUCACCAAUCCCACCUACUUGUGUUUGGCCAUUUGGCCCAUAUCCCUCUAAACCUGUCCUAUCCAUGUACCUGUCUAAAUGUUUCUUAAACGUUGUGAUAAUAUCUGCCUCAGCUACCUCCUCUGGCAGCUCGUUCCAUCCACCUAGCACCUUUUGCGUGAAAAGGUUACCCCUCAGAUUAUUAAAUCUUUCCCCCCAUCACCUUAAACCUAUGUUCUCUGGUUAUCGAUUUCCCUACUCUGUGCAAGAGACUCUGUGCAUCUACCCAUUCUAUUUUGUAUAGCUAUUCCUGUACCUGGCGGCGUGAGAUUUUGUGCUUCUCUACUUCCUGCCCAAUGAUAGCAGUGAGAAGAGGGCAUGGCUUGAAUGGUGGGGAUCCUUGAUGAUAGAUGCCACCAUCUUGAGGCAAAACUUUAUCCUGUGGAUGUACACUGUGAAUGGCUUGAUUAUAUGUAUAGUCUUUUCGUUGACUGGAAUGCACGCAACAAAUAGCUUUUCACUGCACAAUACUUUUCACAUGACAAUAAUAAAGUAAAGUAAACUAAGCUAAUCCUCAUGUACAUUCUUUCGAUGGAGGGGAAACCUGUGCACAUGAUGGACCUGGCUGAGAUUAGCACUGUCUGCAGUUCCUGUUCGUUGGAAUUGCCAUGACAGGCCAGUCUGGAUACUUUCUACAGUACGUCUGUAAAGUUUUGUUAGAGAAUUUGGAGAUAUAUUGAAUCUCUGUAAACUUGUAGGAAAAUAGAAGCACUGGCGCUCCUUAUUAGUGAUCGCAUCUAUGUGCUGGGCCCAGGACAGGUCAUCAGAGAUGUUAAUGCCCAGGGAUUUGAAGCUGCUAACUCUUUCCACCU